AUGCUCUCCCUCAAGUUCCUCCUGGCCCUCCUCCCCGCGGUCCUCGCCGCCCCCAAUCCUCGAUCCAAAGACCCUGAUGUAGUCGAGGGCAAGUACAUCAUUACACUGAAGCCGAAGAUCGUCGAGGUCCAGAUCGAGAACCAUCUCUCGUGGGUCGAACACGUUCACAAGCGCAGUCUGCACCGCCGUGAUGAGAAUGGUGUCGAAAAGAUCUGGAGCGACAACUUUAAGGGGUACUCUGGUGAAUUUGAUAAGGAGACUAUCAAAGAGAUCAAGGCCAGUGACGAUGUCAUUGCCGUCGAGCCAGUCCGCAAGUUUGAGCUCUACCAGCAAGUCGUCACCCAGAGCCCAGCGCCCUGGGGUCUUGGAUCCAUCUCACAUCGCACUCCCAACUGGCACGAGUAUCGCUACGACAACUCUUCCGGGAAUGGAACGUGGGCGUAUGUUCUCGAUACUGGCGUCAACUGCAACCAUACCCAGUUUGAGGGGCGGGCUCAUCUUGGAUACAACGCUCUUCCUCACACUGAGUUUGUUGAUGCCAAUGGCCAUGGAACGCACUGCGCGGGGACCAUUGCCAGCAGGGAGUUUGGUGUCGCCAAGAACGCCAGUGUGAUUGCUGUCAAAGUCUUUCACACCAGUGGUUCGACAACUGAUGUGAUCCUCGACGGCUUCGAGUGGGCCGUCACCAACAUCACCAACACUCCCGGCCGUGCCCAAAACUCAGUUGUCUCCAUGUCCCUCGGCGGCGGACGCUCCCCAGCUUUCAACGCGGCCAUCGAGAAUGCCUACCGUGCAGGCAUCCUCACAAUUGUCGCAGCAGGCAACGAAGAGAAAGACGCCCGCGAUGUCUCCCCAGCCUCGGCUCCCAACGCCAUCACCGUAGCCGCCAUCGACAGGAAUAAUAUGCGUGCCAGCUGGUCCAACUACGGCGCCGUGGUCGAUAUCUUUGCUGCGGGCGUUGAUGUGGUGAGCACGUGGGUCGGGAGCGACACUGCGGUAGAGACCAUCAGCGGUACGAGCAUGGCUUGUCCUCAUGUUGCGGGUCUGGCGCUGUAUCUGAUGGCCCUGGAGAAGCUGCCGACGCCAGCUGAUGUGACCAAGAGGAUCAAGAGUCUGGGUACGAGGAAUGUUGUGGCUAACAGGGGAACUGGAAGCCCCAACUUGCUGGCCUUCAAUGGAGUUCCGGAAAGUAAGCUGUCCAAGACUGGUUAA